AUGUGCUGGGUCCUACUAUUGCUGUUAGUGCUUUCGCCGGCGCUGCUCCUGAGCCAGGCAGGGCCUCUCCAGGAGAGGGUCCCGCUCUUCCGGCUCACUCAGCAGGGCCCCUGGGAAAGGGAUGGCAGCAACCCCACGCGCUCGCCCUGCGAGGGUAUUCCUGCCGGGAAGUUCACUUCCUUUACCCUCGAGAACCGAAGCCUGGAGCGUCUGCCCGGUUGUCUGCCACGCACGCUGCACAGCCUCGACGGCAGCCACAACCUGCUGAGCGCCCUGAGCGCGCAAGAGCUCGGUGCGCUGCCGGAGCUGCAGGUGCUGACGCUGCGCCACAACCGCAUAGCCGAGCUGCGCUGGGGCUCCGGUGGGCCCACGGGCCUGUCCUUGCUGGACCUCAGCUACAACCGGCUGGCUGCCUUACCGCGCUGCGCCACCGGGCACGCGUUGCGCCGCCUCCACGCGCUACACCUCGCCGGGAACCCACUUAGGACGCUGCAGCCUGGGGCCUUCUCCUGCUUCCCAGCGCUCCGUUUCCUCAACCUCUCCUCCACCGAGCUGGGUGACGGCCAGCAGACCAUCGCUGAGGCCGCGUUCACAGGAGAGGAUGGUGGAGCCCUGGAGACUCUUGAGGUUCUAGACCUCAGCGGCACCUUCCUCACACACGUUCCAUCAGAGUGGAUCAGAGACCUGCCCAAUCUCACAUCCCUCUACUUGAGGAAGAUGCCUAGACUGAGGAACCUGGAGGGGAACAUUUUCAAGAUGACCCCCAACCUACAGCACCUGGAUUGUCAAGACUCCUCAACCCUCAUCUCCGUCAACACACACAUCUUUGAAGAUACUCCUCGCCUACAAACCCUUCUCUUCCAGAAUUGCAACUUGAGUUUCUUCCCUCCUUGGAUGCUGGAUUCCUCCCAGGUCCUGUCCAUUGACCUCUUUGGCAACCCCCUCACUUGUAGCUGUGAGUUGUCCUGGCUCCUCUUGGAUGCGAAGAAAGUUGUCCUAAACAGGGCAGCAGACACCUUGUGCGCACCAGCUGCAGGCUCCAGUGGCGUCUUCUCCACUUCUCUUUCUCUCUCCCAGCUGCCUGGUAUAUGCCAGGCACACCAAAAUACCACCCUUGUUGCUUCAAUCCCACCCUCUUCUAGCCACUCCACCCACACCCCAUCAAGCCAGGCUUCUCCUAGGGGUCCCCCAGUCCCACGCAGCACAAACCCCUUUCCCCAGUUUACGGGACACGGAUCGAGUGCUACCAAUGCUCCCUCCUUUCCCAUGAGUUCUGCAGCACCAGCGGCACUGGCCCACAGCAGUGCCCUGGAGGGGACUGCCCACUCCCUCCCCACCUCUACAGCUGGUUAUGGCAACUCUAGUGUCCCACCCAGGGCUCAGGGCACAGUCAGCACAGAGCACCAAGUUGUGGGGCUUGUUGGUGGGCCCCACAUCUCAGCUGUCCCCACCCCAUUCACCAGCAAACAACAUGGUCCCAUCCCUACCUUAGCAAGCCCGUUAAGCCGGCCUCAGCACAACCUGGGGACUCCCGAGGCCCCCCACCCGAGCCCCUCUGAGAACGAGAUCCCUAUCUUGUUGUUGGAUGACUACAAUGAAGAUGGGGAAGGGGAGACGCAGGAGAUGGUGGGGACACCUCACCAGGACAUCACCUGUGACUACCACCCCUGCAAGCACCUCCAGACUCCGUGUGUGGAGCUGCAGCGACGCUCCUCUUGCCGAUGCCCAGGCCUCAGCGGUGAAGACACCGUCCCAGACCCGCCCAAGUUCCAGGGGGUGUCCGAGGUGACCGAGACGUCGGCGAUUGUGCACUGGUGUGCCCCCAACUCGGUGGUGCAUGAGUAUCAGAUCCACUACCAUCCCGAAGGUCAGGCGGAGACCACAGAGGCAGUAGGGCAGGUCCACGCUACUUCUCGGCAGCUCCAUCUGUUGGGUUUGACCCCGGCCACCACAUACCACGUGUGCGUCCUGGCGACCAACAGCGCGGGCCUCAGCCUGCGGCGCGCCUUAGGUUGGAGGCGCCCGUGUGCCAACUUCACCACCAGGCCCAGCUCCUCGCUGCUGUUGGCAGCUCUGGGCACCUGCAGUUGCGUACUGCUCCUCAGCACCCUAGUGUUGGCGGCUUGUCUCUACCGGCGGCGACGGGCGCCCCCCCGGGAGUGUUCACACAUGCACCUAGUGGCAUAUAAAAAUCCAGCCUUUGACUAUUCCCAGAAGCUCUAA